GUUGAAACUUCCACCAAUUUAACUCUUCAAACCCUUUCCACGAAGAAUACCAGACUCAGCUACCGCUCGGGAAUCAAUCAAUACUUUCGGGAGACCUUAACUUCAUUGACCCACCACCCCGAUGCGCAUCCCAGGCUUCUCCGCUGCCCUCCGCACUGUCACCAAACCCCUCAAAUCGCACCCCGCGUCCGCCAUCGUCAAACCCGCCUUCCCUCGACUCACCCCCACCCACUCUUUUUCAUUCCCCAUAACUCGAACGAUCCUUCUCAAAGCAGCCCCCACCAUACCAUUUAUGGGUUCAUCUUUCAGCUCCAGUGCCGCGCAGAACAACAUGUCCUACCCCGACCAACGCAGCAACGACGAGUGGCGCGCUGUCCUCAACCCAGAACAAUUCCGCAUCCUCCGCGAAAAAGGCACCGAGCGCGCCGGAACAGGCGAAUACGACGCGCACUACCCUGCCGAAGGCGUCUACGCCUGCGCAGGCUGCCACACACCGCUGUACACGGCGAAUCAGAAGUUCAAGUCCGGGUGCGGCUGGCCAGCUUACUUUGAUUCCAUCCCGGGGGCUGUCACCCGGCAUACGGAUAGCUCGUUUGGGAUGGAGCGGACGGAGAUUACCUGUAGUAACUGUGGGGGGCACUUGGGGCAUGUGUUUAAGGGGGAGGGGUAUCCCACCCCGACGGAUGAGAGGCAUUGUGUGAAUAGUGUUAGUUUGAAGUUUCAGGAGGGUGAGCCGAAGGCGAAGGCUUGAGGGGGUGUUGUUUGGUAGUAGUUGGUGGAUUGUAUAUUUGGGUUUGGUUGACCGGUUUGCGUGGCUGUCCUGGGAUGGGAAUAUGGGGCACUUCCAUAUGGUAUGAAUUGACCGUACAUUGGAAUUCCCUGUUAUGUCGUCAAUUAUACUUUUGUCUACUUUCUCCACCUUUCAAAGUAUC